CUACGACGAAACCGCCGCUAAGCACAUUUCCCAAGCUCGCUGCGCUGCAACACGUAUUACAUAGAAACAAGAUAUAAUAAAGAUGCUUAUGCGUAGUUUUCGUCCUCCAGGCCACUCCUUGGCCCCCCUGAUGACAUUUGGCACAGCCUGGCUCGAUGCCCCUAGCAGCUCCGGACGAGAAUACUCGGGUGGCAGUACGGACAGCAGGCGUGGAGGGCCAGCGCUGGAUGCUGCCGCUCCUAGCUGCUCGGGGCGGGAGCAUCGGUACUACAGCAAUGCAAGCCCUAAGCCCCUCCCAUCAGGGACGAGCUUUGAGGAAGCAUUUAAGAGGAAUCCGCAUAAUGCGGCACAGCAAUUAGCAGCCAAGCUAAGCCCAGCCCAGCGCGCAGUGCUUGCUUCCGCGCUUGCACAGCAAACGGAAGUCCAGCAGCUCGACGAAAAGUACUGGGAAGAGCUAUUUAAAGCACACGACAACGCGGAUGGCGACUCGCCAGGCGCGCUGAGCAGAGAGGAGUUCCAAGCGGCCAUGUUGGCGCACACGAGCUUGAUAGAGAACCGCAACCGGAUACCUCCCUCCGCCUCGGCUCUGAAGAUGGUCUUCCUGGCCUCCGCGAUCCCCUUCGUUGCGUUCGGAUUCCUAGACAAUGCGAUAAUGCUGGUUGCGGGCGAGGAGAUUGACCACAUGUUCGGGAUCCGGUUGGGGCUGUCCACGCUGGCGUCCGCGGGUCUCGGGAACGCAGUUGCGGACGUGAUCGGCGUUGGGGCGGCCAAGUACAUUGAGCAAGCUGUGCGCUGGCUGCCAUUCGUCAGAGAGCCCAAGCUGUCCAAGUUCCAGAACGCACUGCCCAGCACGCAGCGCGCUAAGCUCGCGGGCGCCAUGGUUGGUGUGCUGGUGGGCUGCCUGAUGGGCCUCACACCGCUCUUCAUGUCGGGCUCCUUCUUCACGCGGUAACCACGCGUUGACCGGCUUACGGUUAACGGCUUGUCGUAGCUUGGAACAAACUUCGUGAGGGGCGGUGGAGUGCGGGUAGGGUGAUGCAGGGGGUGCAGGAGCGGAUACGAGCGGCGGGAACAGUAGCAGGCGCUGGAGGUGUUGUUGAUCCUCCGGUCGCCUUGUUGGCUUAUCAUGACUGCUUGGACUUGGAAAGAAGGGGGAAAUGGAAGGGAAGGAAGGUUCCUAGGGCUCCAGUGGCUAGCUGGUUCGGGGCUUGUUACCGUAUGUUUGCAGAGUGGAGGUUGGUUGGGUAUGGCGCUGAGGUGUAGGGCCAUGGCAGUUACCUGCAGCGGCUUGACCCCACUCGUUCGUAGCCCGUUACUGGCACCACGCUUCACAUGCGGACAGGGGCCCUUAGCUGGGGAACCGGUUGGAUCCUAGUUCCUAGAGGGUAAGGCGGUAGUGAGCUUAUUGGGUAGUGAGCUUUGGGUCAGGAGGGCGAGCGGACAUGGUGGCUAGCUUAUGGCAAUACGAAGAAGCAGACGCUUUAGCACACCGGAUUAUGUCUAGUUAAUGCAACAGGUGUUGGUAUGCGCGUGUGGGGGGUGCGGCACAGCGUUAGCGGAUGACGAUUUCGGACGCGGCCCGCCGGGCUCUACCCAUACGGGCGAGGCCGCGUGUGACUCUCGCAGCUUUAUCUCGUUGACCUGCGCCAGUAGAAGUCCACGAACCCCUUUCCUAGAUUGGACGACUCUAGUAGUGGAUAGCUGUUGUUUUGGUGUUGUUGUGGGGCUGCUCUCGCUUGGGAUGCCUGCCUGCCGACCCUGGAAAUGAUUCCUCCCAGGCCGCAAGGUUACGAGUGCAUAAGCCCCACACUGCCUUAGCAGCAUGGGCUGAAGCGGUGGCUGCGGCACGUCGUUCCGUGCCAGGCCAGUGGCUUAGCCGUGCUUUAGGGAUACAUAGGACAACCCUUAGCUUGACGCGUUACCGGUAUGUUAGUUGGUGGUAGAGGGUAGGUCAGGUGGGACCUUGCCGCCGUUGCCGGUUACGGCGGCAGGCGAAGGCGCUGCUGGGUAGCUGGCCUGCAUGAGCUGAGCAUCACCGCGUUGGCGAGCCACACUAGCCACCGGUGUGGUGCGGGGUUCCCGUAGCGAGUGGCUGGGCUAGGUAGAGAGCGGGGCAGUCGGGUAUUCAUGCAGAGAAUGAAGGCGGGGAUUGUGGUUUCGGUGCGUACAUGUGUCCUGUUCGCUGCUAGGAGGCCGCUGGUGUGUGUUGGGUGGCACCCGCGCGCGCACACCCUGUCCCCUAGGGGGCAUUGCAGCAUGAUGGGGCAGAUACUGGAGGAGAUGUGUGGGCUGACAUGCGCACUGCUUGCGUGAUCACGGUGCAUGACUUAUACCAGUACGGUUAACGGUAACGGUUCGUGGCUGGGAAACGGCAAUGUUAACCAGCUGUCCAUGCGCGUACGGCUGUCCCUGUUCUGGGGAGGAGAUGGCGGUUUCUUAAUGUUAAACGGCUGUCCG